AGGGUGUUAUUUGUUUAUUUGCUUUUAUUUUAUCGUGCUUUUAUGUCAUUACACUUUCUCACAAGUCUCAGCUGAAAGACUCAAAGAUUAAGCCAACAAAUUUAAAAUAAUUUGUUUUUAUAUCAGGAGAAUAAACAGCUAUUUAACUGGAGCUCAGAGCGACAGGGGGUGCUUUAAAAAAAGAUUGUUUAUCUGUUACAUGUACAUUUUCUCGGUCUCCAUGUCGUCGCGUGGAGUUGUUUUUUUCCAUGGUGCACGUGAAGGCAGCGCGCGCUAUGGGGAGAUGCUCGCUGCCGCAGCUUUCACUACGAGACAGCAGCGGAAAACAAUGUCAACAAAGAGGACAUCCUAGUGUCUCCACACAGAGCGGCUGAUCAUGGCCGGUCGGAGGGGACACGGUCCCCGCUUCAGUUCCAGAGAACCCGCCGGCUGCCUAAAAACAGCUGCAAUGCCCCGGCAACAAGAACCGUCCGGAGACACCGAGCACGCGCAGGAGUCGCUGCGGGACCUGCCGCGAUGGAUGCGGCUUUACCUCUACGGGAUGCACGGCGUGACCCUGGAUGUGCUGCUGUCCUCUGUACAGGGGCUCAUAAACAACAGAGACCCGAAGCUCGUGGGCUUCUCCUCUCCGUAUCUCUGUGUCAUGCACGCGCUGACCCACUUUGCGCUGGAGAAGAUUUACUCCCAAAAGAGCUGCUUCCGAGGUCGGCCUGUGGUCUUUCAUUUCAUAUUCUACCCGUCCGUGUACAUCGGGCUUCAGAUCCUGAUCGGGAACAUUAACACCUUGGCCGAGCAGGUGCGGGUGGUUUCUGGAACGCAGCUGGUGAUGCACUACAUCCUGGCGCUUUAUUUCUCUCAGGUGUUUCACAGAGGGUUGUCUCAUCUGCAGUAUUGUCCUGCCUCUGCCACCGACCUCUGGAGGAAGCUCCGCCACCAGAGACUCUCCCACGGUCUCCCCGGCUUCAUUCGGUUUGUCUUUUUUGGGAUGCAUGGCUUUCUGGACGAGGUGCUUUUCACGUCCCUCUUCAACCUGGUAGAGAAGGCAGAUCAGACCCUGGGUGGCCACACGUCCCUGUGGUCCUUCCUGAUGUACGGGAGCUGCAGCUUCGUGGUGGAGAAGCUCUACUUUCGUCUGCACUUUGAUCGAGGCUGGGGGACAUGGCAGAGACUCCCCAUCUACAUCUGCUUCGUCUACACCUGGGAGUUCACCUGGGGUCUGGCCCUGAGGCAGUUUGAUGCCUGCUCCUGGGAUUACUCCCACUACCCCCACAACUUCAUGGGACUCAUCACCAUCCUCUACCUGCCUGGAUGGGUCUUCCUCAGUCUGUACCAGGAUGUGCUGUCCAACAUCCUGCUCACAAUCAAAUGCACCAGAGGGGCAAAGUGCAAUGGUGGAGAAAUUGGAGAAGUUAAUGGACAACUGGACCCAAAGAACAAAACUCUUUAAUUUUCAUGGGCUUGAAUUGCUUCACAUGUAAUGGUAGCAGAAAUUUCAUCAUCAGAGUGUUUAAAUUAAUUAUCCAAUUUAUGGUAGAAGAGCUGCACACUUGUAGAUUUUGUAUUUUAGGUCAGGGUCCAUAAGACCUACAAUUGUUAUAUUGUUAUUCGAUUAACUUACUGCCAUUUUUACCCAAAGUAAACUAGAUCAAGUGGAGAUGUAAUGUUAUUUUAUACAUCUUCCUACUUUUAUAUAUUAUUUAUUUGUUAUAUCAGAGGUGGGACCAAGUCAUAUUGUUUUGCAACCCACAAGGUCAGGCCCCAAUACAUGGAACUCCUGAGUCAAGUCCUAAGCCUUGAAUUUAGUCCAGGUCAUGUGACUUAAGGUUUCCAUCAGCGUGCUUCAAGAGCUCCUUUCUGCAUGCUAAAACAUUUAUUAUAAAUAACUCACUUUAGCCCACUUACAGAGAAACUGCCACAUGAACAUGUUUUAAUAUUUUGUGUUCUUGUUACGCCUCUAAAAGAAAAAAUAAUCACAAUUUUCCCUUAAUUUGCCCAAUAUUACACCACAUGGGGACUAUUAGAGAUCACAUAAACCAGUCGUAAAUGUAGCAAAGGAGAACUUUUAAUAGAAUUGAUGACUGGAACCAAGUGUAGUUCUACUGUGAAUAUUUCAUGAACCAAACCUUACUUUGCUGGAGUGCCUUCCUGUGCAAACAGAGACUCGAACAAACAUGACUCCUCUCCUUAUCUGCAAGUGCCAAAACUGCAGAUUCGUCACAUAUAGAAUUAAGAAAUUCCCUUAACUAAGCAACACAAAAAAAUGUACUCAAAAAGCAUCUUUUGUUUUUACUAAGGAAAAUAGAUUUUAUUAGGGAUGCAUUGAUACCAUUUUUUCCAAACCGAUACAAUACCGAUACUUGGGUCUGAGUACUCGUCGAUACCGAUUACCGACACAAAAUAAUGCAAUGGAUUGGAAUACAGGUUUUAUUUUCUCCUCUGCUUUCAACAGGAAAAUAUUGUGAGGUAGAUAAAAAAUAAAAUAUGUAAAUAGAAAUGAUCACAAAACUAUAAUAUUAGGUCAACAGAAAUGACAAGUUACAGUGAAGCCACUUUCAGGCAGCUGCACUGGUAUCGGUUCCUGGUAUCAGUUAACUUUUAUCAAUACCGAUAGUGGUAUCGGUAUCGGCCCAAUACUGAUACCAGUAUCGGUGCAUCCCUGUAUUUUAUCAUUCUUUCCAAGUGAUCCUUCAAAUAUUGUGUUGUGUUUGCACUUUCUUUGAAUGGUGUUUGGCACAAACAAUAUAAAAAAUCCUCAGAGCACUCUAGUUCCUGUGCUGUUUUCUUAUAGUCCAUUUUGCACUUGGCAGCUAUACUUAUAAUCUUAAACAUCCUUUACUGCAUGAGUAAAUGAUUUUGCACACCAACUUGUUUGAUGGCCGACCGACUGUUUUAAAACCACCUUUUACAUUUGUUUGUGCACUUUUUGAAGAUUAAAAUGACCAAACAAUUUAAUGAAGACAAGAAAUGUUUAAAUAACUUGCAGUGUAAUGCAAGAGAAUGAAUAAAAUAAAAUAAAAUAAAGUUGACUAACAAAA